AUGGGGCAAAGUGCUGACAUCGCGACGCUUUUUGAUGCCGCGCUUCGUUCCGAACAGGUCAUUGUUGACAAGGAGAACAUGCUCAUCAAGCCCAUCUUGAAGAGCAAGCGGAACACUGUCAUUCUGCACGAUCUUCCCGACGGGAUUCCGCAAGAGGAGCUGAUUAGCGCAUUGUCGCAGUGUCGCUUUGAUGCUUUUCCCAACUUGAUGACUGACGUGGUCAUGCCUGGCCGCACUUUGGGCUCGAGCUUGUGCACCUCGCGCUGCGCGUGGAAGAUGCGCAGCACAGGCAGCCUGAGCGGCAUCAGCGCCGUGCUCCAGAAAGUUUCGCUGCUGGCGACCGUGUUCAUGUGUGGAGCUCUUCUGCAAAGAGGCAGAUCUGCGAUUGCACCAGAUGGUGCCGUCCUAGUGCGCUUCAACAAUGCCCGGCCAGCGAGCAAGGAGGUGCCCCAGCGCCAGGCUUGCAAGGUCCUGCGCAAAGUCAGCAUUCGCCCUACACGGACGGAUCCGAGAGCGGUCCUGUGCCAGGCCAUCGGUACAGGUUGUGGGCCACGCGAUGCGAGGCGUCGCUGCGAAGAGGUCUUUGCUCAGUGCGCACAUGGUCACAGAUCCAUAUCCAAGGCGGACUUGUCCCAGUUUUUGCGCACGCUGGGCCAUGAUGCUCGAGCAUCGCUGCUGGCAGCGCUCUUUGCACGUGCUCAGGAGAAAGAAGGGGAUGUCAUGGAGUUUGACAAGUUCAAAUCUUGGCUGUACUCCGGGCGGCGAUGCCAGCAGAGUGUCGGGCAGGAAGGGUCCCGCGAAGAAGAGAUUCGCACAGUUGGUAAGACGACCUUCCAGGCCGUGGAGGCGAACAAGCGAAAGGCAGCAGGCGAUGCUGCCAUGCCGCAGAAACGCAUCAAGCUGGAUGAGGUUAAGCCGAAGGUGCCCGUGGAAAGCGGACGGCAGAUUUUCGAGGGCUGCGCCAUCCUGGUGUGCAGCCGAGGCAAUUUGUCUGAAUCUUGGGAUGGUGGCGUGACUCACGUUGUGGUGGCGGGUCAGAUGCCAAGGGCGGUGCUGAUGCAGGGCUACCCUGAGGACAUUGUAACAGAUGCCUGGGUCUGUGAAUCCCUUGCGCUGCAACGACGCUUGCCAGAGGCACGCUAUGCUUGGCACCCGCUGGCAGAGGAAGAUGACAGCGCGCUGCAGAAAAAGGGAGGAGAUCCAAAGCAGACAAUCAAGAAGGAAGCACCGCAGGCGUCCUGCAAGCGUGACACCCUGGCCGAAUGUGCUGGCGAGCCAGGGUGGGGCAUGUUUGCAAAUCCAGAUGAUCUUCGCGCAAAGAUUGUGGAAGAGUUCCGCACAUGUGCUGCAGCUUGGGCAGUUCGUGGCGACAAGUGGCGCUCCUGGCAGUACAAGAAGGCCGAGCAGCUGAUAGCUCAACUGAGAGGCGCGUUGCAGCAAGAGGACCCCUCGCUCGAGAACUUUAUAGAGCACGCCAGCUUCAUGAAGAUUGAAUGCACUGGAUGUGAACAGGAGCUUCGUCAUUCUGGCUUGACACCAAAGUUUGUGCAGAAAUGCCAGGCGCGCACUUUUUCCAGGGGCUUCUUGUUGGGCUUCUUCUCACCACAAACCAAGGAGAUCCAGGAGAAGGGCUGCUUGCAGCAAGCCGAGGCCUUCCGUAAGGACGGUGCAGGGCAUGGAAGUUUCAAAUCAGACUCGCAGCCGCACAGCUUAUGCCAGAAGCAACAUUCGACUGGCCACCCUCUGCUCCGGUGGCACUGCAUGGAUGUUUCCAGUGGCGCUAUUCCUGUUGAGGACGCGGAUGUCCACUCAUUGCUGGAGCUCACGAGGCUAUCACAGGUUCUGAAAUCUGGAACCACAAAUCACAGAUCAAAUUUGAAUCGUCUGGAUGCCCCGGCCAAACAGCCUGACUGGUGUGGGGCGCGUUCCAUUGCAGAUGUCCGCCUGCGCGUGGACUCGCUUCCGGGCAAUGCUGGUGGCCCUGCCACAGGCGACGGUACCGUGGAGCGCGAUACUGCCUCCUAUCUUUCGGCUAUGGAGGCUGGUGGGGUGAUCGUGGCUGAUCUCAGCAACAAUGCCUCCGCCUUCCCCAAACCUGUCAAGGUGCCUGGCGAUGACGACCCAACAGGAUCAGCCCAGGCAUGCCUUUGCGUCGUGCGGGGCUGUCCGACUGAAGGGGAGCCAAUGCGAUACAGGCGGUGCGACUUCGUGUUUUGCCGCCGUGCGGGGCUGCCGUUCAUCACUUUGCAGUGGACUGGAAGCGACGGCGGCCUAUUCAACAGGGAGAUGAAGCGCAUCGCCGCCCUGCGUGGCCUGCACCUCUCUCACACCUACAUGUGCAAGGCUGAUCGUGAAGGUGCUCGUGGUCGACAGGUGGGGGAGAUUUGCCGUGCUGGCGCGAAAAUCGAAUGCGCGGACGAGAGGGCCAUUUUCGCGGCCAUUGGCCUCGCGUACAGGCCACCGGAAAGACGAGAAGUGGAUGCCGAGCUCUUGACUGCUGUAGAGGAUGCGGCUCGCGAAGCACCUGAGGAGCUGCACGACUUGUUCGAGAAGUGUCCUGCUGCGGAAUCUUUGGUGUCAAUCAAGAAAGAUGUGAACAACACAGCAUUUGUCACCUUCCAGAAUGACAUGGCUGCCACAGAUGCGGCUCUGUGGCUCAGGUCAUGCGUGGGAAAUUUUGGCCCAUAA